GUUCGUAAACCACCACGCCGGAAAGUCACGAGGAAACAUGUUCCCAACCCCGGGCAGCGGUAGGUGCCUAACUUUCUCUCAUUUCUCAGAUAAUCCGAAUAUCUAAGUGAAUGAUAUACAUCUUAAACUACAUUUUACGUUAUUUCCUUCGAACACGCAUACAUCGUUCAUCUGUCAUACGCAUUGACAUUUAUACGAUGGGCUGUCUUCCUGAGUUAGGCUAGCCAUUUUCGUUGUGAUGGUGCCAUAUUCGACACCAACCUAACACUUUCCGUUCAACAAAUUUCGAAUAUUCAUCUUAUAAUCAUCUUCUUCGUUUGUGAUCCCGUAACGGGUCAACUGAUUGUCCCAGGGACAUGGUGUUGUCAUUGUUUGCCAGUUCUAGCUGACGUGGAUCUUUCAUUUGUGCCAUUGGACAUUACCCCUUUAAUCUUUUCGCUAUAUAGUGAAUGUGGGUAUCUCAAAGUUUCGAUGCUAUAAUAAAUCAACAAUAUCGCCCACCAUGGAAGCAAAAGCAAAGGAAAAAGAGGCACUAGCCUCCAAAGCCCAUGGCAAAGAAGCACUUGACUAUACCAUAGCAGCAGCAGAGCUAUACAUGAAGGCGGCACAGGCAGCCUCUAAUCAAGAGGAAAAGCGUCGCUUGUCGAGAAAGUGCCAGUCCCUAAUCUCAAAGGCUGAAAGCCUCAAAUCAAGACCUGCCGGUAGCGGUGUCGUCGCUGUUGAAAAACGUCUACAGAUACCACAGCAAGGCCGCUCACUACCCACAAGUGAACAAACCAUCCUUCUCCGUAGCUCUCGGCUACACGGGAGUGUCUUUCCGCCAUGGGAAUCUGAUCCGGACUCCAGGGAGUUCAGCGGCGAUCCGUUCGGUGAUACUUCGGAAUUCUCCCUAUCCGCGCGGCAGAAGUCUGUUUUCUCGGGCUGGAAACGGCCCCUGGAGAUCCUGGCCCAGGGGGCCUCGCCUAUUCCUAGUGGUCAAGGUCAUGAGUUCUUGAUGGAGGUUCAGCACGACUAUGAUCUAGUUCAAGACAUAACGACGGACUGUUCAGUCGUAGCCAGCCUCUGCGCUUGCAUGCGCCACCUACGACCAGGUGCCAAAUCGAUUCUACCAGCGCUCAUGUUCCCCACGGACUCGGAGACCGGGCAGCCGAAAGUCUCUACUAGUGGGAAAUAUGUAUUCCGAAUGUUCUUCAACGGAUGCUUCCGAAAAGUCAUCAUUGAUGACCGACUUCCCUCAUCCUCAACGGACCGCACUCUUUAUGUUGUCGACCGCCAAAAUCCGGGGCUCAUCUGGCCCGCGUUGAUGGAGAAGGCGUAUCUCAAAGUCCGUGGUGGCUAUGACUUCCCGGGGAGUAACUCCGGCACCGACCUUUGCGCAAUCACGGGUUGGAUACCACAGCAGCUUUUUCUGCAGAGCGACGACUUGGAUUGGGAUCGCACAUGGACGCGAGUCAAGAAAGCCUAUGAUUACGGCGACGUAGUCAUUACUCUAGGGACAGGACGCCUUUCUCCGGGUGAGGAAGAAACUUUGGGUUUGGCAGGUGAGCAUGACUACGCUGUACUUGACAUGUCUGAGACAUCAGGAAACAGGAGGCUGCUUGUUAAAAACCCUUGGUGCAAUGGCCUCACUUGGAAAGGUGUCGGAUCCUCCGAAGUAGUAACAUCAUCAUCGUCGCCACAUGCGACCGAAGACCACCCAAUUAAAUUGAAACCUGGCUCAUUUUGGAUGAGCUUCGAUGACGUGACGCAAAAUUUCGAAUCGUUGUACCUGAACUGGAAUCCAAAUCUUUUUACCCACCGCCAAGACCACCAUUUUGUAUGGCAAAUCCCGGACCCCGUUAUCGCCGAGUCCUUUGCCCACAACCCGCAGUAUUCUAUGACCGCGACUGCCGACGGGAGCACUUGGAUUUUAUUAAGUCGGCAUUUUCAAGAUGACGAACUUGGCAUCAUGCGUCGACACGGUGCCGCCGAUGCGCUUGACUCGCUCUCUAUCUCUUCACCCACUUCUUCAUCUUCUACUUCUCCCACUCUAGCCGAAGUCUCCGGCAAGCUCGGUUUCAUGAGCAUAUACAUAUUUGCUGGCGACAAGCGCGUACAACUUGGCGCCAACCCAGUUUACCGCGGUGCCUUUGUAGAUUCACCGCAGACCCUCGCACCCUUCGAAGCCCGUGCUGGCGUCUCAUAUACUAUUGUCGUCGCGGCGCAAGAUCUGCCUCUACCGAAGUAUUCCCUUACGCUAUCCUUCUUCUCCCGCGGUCCCUUAACCGUCGCCCCGGCCCAACCUGCUUUACGUCAUUACACAGGAAUAAAGGGUAGCUGGACACGCCGCACUGCCGGCGGUAACUCUGCCUCUCCAGAUUACGUACAGAACCCACAAUACAACCUCACACUACCACGCACCGGGCCUUUAUCCCUCCUCCUAUGCACAGCGAGAGAAGACCUACCCAUCCACGUCGCACUAGUAUGGGCAGGAGGCCGUCGCGUCCCCGGGGGCGUAGGGAACCGAGACAUCGUCGUCGCAUCCGGCGAUUACCGCCGCGGAUGCGCUCUCGCGGAAACUGCAUCUGUCGACGCCGGUACAUACACCGUCGUAUGCUCGACUUUCGAUCCAGGAUGCCUAGCAGACUUUGUGCUACGCGUGGGUUCGGAUACGCCGUGUGCAGUGACCCUAGUCCCGCCCGACGCAGCUGGUCAGCUGCGCACACGAUUACCGGACCUACCGUCGGGGGCCGAGGGGCGCGAAAAGAGGAAAUGGCGUGUGGGUGUUUCGGCGCCGAGGUUAACGCGUGCUAGGAUUGUCGUUACUGCUAUUUCAUCUAUUAUGCCUACGAUUGGUGGUAGCAGUGGUGCGAGUAGAAGCGGAGGAGGUGGAACUACCACGCCACGCUCCCGCCCAAUUGCCCGCGUAAGCGUCGAAUACGGUACCGGACCUAAUCGAACCUUCCUCGCAUGCACAGAUCACGACGACCACAACCCCAAUCAAAGCAACACCCGCAAUAACAGUCAUGCCACCGCCGGCGGCCCCGAGUUCAGAGAAGUAGGCGUUAACGGUUUACGAACGGGGGAAUUCGAUAUCGACCCCCGCUUCAGCCAGACUGGGUUAUGGCUUGUUGUCGAACAACCAGGGGCAUAUCAACAACAGGCAUUAUCGAUGAACGGCGGCGAUGGCCUGCGCGUUGAGGUAUUAAGUGAGGGUCCGGUACAUGUUGGGGUUUGGGAGACGGUGGAUUGAUCGGCGGAUGUGGCUGGCUGAGUGACUAGCUAGCUGAUAACCUUGUUACCUGCCUGAAAUUACUUGUUGCAUGGUAAGGGCGUAAAAAUCGAAUGAUGAACGGAUAUGCCGUCACGAAGGGAAUAUGGGGCGAUGAGUAAACCCACUCCCACUAUAACGAGUCUAUGCAUCAAAGUUUACAAAAAGAGGAAAUGAAAAGGGGGUUGCGGGUUGCUUAGUGAGCUGAAACAUAUCAGCUCAUGUAAGAUCUACUUUACCCGCCGGCAGACUAUAGCUAGCUAGCUAGCUACGAUUACCUAGUGCGAAAUCAAGAUUAUUCAAAGCAAGUCGCAGGAAUAUGGGUCAAAGUGUGGAG